GGAUUAUUCACGCUUAUCAACACGUGCAACUAGAUCCUGAAACGGGGCGAUAACUAAAUCUGGGGGUGAUUUUCGAACAUAUUCCCAACACCACGAGGUUUACAGGUUUACAGGUUUACAGGUUCAGAAUCAACUAAGAAGGAAUUAACAAGGGACGAUCGACUGCAGCUCCAGCUCUAAUAGGAUAGGAUAUGAUAACUAAAUCUUCAUGUUGCGUUCGUAACCCGAUAGUCCGUGCGCGCACACACACACAUACACGAAGUCCGGGGUCUGGGGUGGCUGCCUCUCGUGCCAGACGCUCUCGUUAACUGGAUCUUCGGUUACGAUUUUGGUAACUUUUAAAAUCGAACUAAGUGUAAUUAUCACUUAAUCACUCAGUUACUACGCUCAGUUAUUACGACUGCGUAUCGAAGCUCAUAUCACACCCAUUCGGCCCUUUCUAUUGGAUGGUUGGGAGUUGGGCAUCAUUCCCGGUUCCUCUCUGCCAGCCUUGGAUACGACCGACGUUCCAAAAGUACCAAAAGUUCCAAAAGUUCCAAAUGGCUCUUGAACUUCAUAUCUGGGGUCCAGCAUUCGGGCUUGAUUCUAUCGAUCCCGAGUGUCUAGCCGCCGUUGCAUGCUUCCGCUGCUGCAUCCCCCGCCAAGAUUGGACCCUGAUCGCCAGCAAUGACGCUGCGGUCAGCUCAGAUUACCGCCUCCCUGCCUUGAAUCACAAAGGUAGUUGGACUUCUGGAUACUCGGAUAUCGUCUCGUAUCUUACUAAAUACGGAAUUCUACAUUUUGACAAUGACCUCACACCGCCGCAGAGGGCUGACUCCCUCGCCUGUGCCUCUUUUCUAGCGACUCGUGGGUCUGGUCUGCUUGCUAUGUCGCUUUAUGUCUCGCCUAGGGCAUGGAUUGAGAUGACUCGACCUGCCUAUUCAUCCCUGCUGCCAUUUCCGCUCACGUGGACUGUCCCUCCAGCUAUCCGUGCCGCUGCUGUUGACAGGGCUGAACAUCUUGGCAUUGGCUACCUCGCGGCGGAAGUAGAUACGGAGGAAUCCUCAUCUAAUGGUCCAGCUGAAACAACGUCAACUGGAUUUCUCCGACUCCGGGAUCGUCUUGGUCCCCGUAGGACUAUGCAACCUGAGCAUACGGUUGCUAUCCGAUUCCAGCAUUUCGCAGAGGACUUUUAUUCCGUCUUAGAUGAACUUCGCGGAGACAAGAGGUUCUUCCUGCGGGAUGACAAGCCGUCAUCCAUCGAUUUUUUAGCCUAUGGAUACCUCCAGUUAAUGCGCGUGCAAACGCCGCAUCCCAUUCUUAACAACGCGCUAGAAAAAUCCUAUGAUCGCUUAGUCGUAUUCGUGACAGAGCUACGUUCCUAUGGAAACUAUCAGGAAUUGCCGUGGAGGGAGCCCAAGGCGAGGGGUGCGUUGGGUCUGAUUGGUCGCUUUGCUGAAGGAUCAAUCGAAGCCAUCCCAGGCGUCGGGGACAGCUGGCGAAAGUGGCAUAAAGGCAGCGUCGACACCCGGGACAGCGAUGACGUGAGAGAUCCUACUCAGCUGAUAAUUGCUGUUGGGGGAGCUGUCACGAGCGUGGUCGCGCUAGGCUUUAUGACACUCUUCCGCGCGUUGUCACCCUUCGGUGCCAAUACGCAUCGUUUCGAAGCAGCAAAGGAGGAGAAAGCCGGACUACACCAAUUUGGCGAGAUAGGCGAGAUAUUAGACGGGUUACCUAUAUGAGAACAGCCCAGGAGUUUUCCGUCUAGAAGCGAUACCAUAUAUGGAGGGACUAAUAUGGAGGGACUAAUAUGGAGGGACUAAUAUGAAUGUAACUGUCGCCGUUGACUCUGAGCCCGGCGCAUCCCCAAGAAGGGAUAUGUAUUCCGUGGCUGAGUCUGGCUUUGAGUUUAAUGACCAGUCAAAGUGAACCAUGCUUGCGUAAUUACACAAUUGCGAGACGCUCAUGGUGUGAACUCGUGUGCAACGACUGGAUGUUAGUCUAGGUUUGUUCGGCGUUUAGGCAUCAGAUACCACUAAGUUGAGAGAAUUUGCGACUAACAGCUGCUCCUGAGCGUCCAGGUUAACUGUGCCCUCUCGUUUAAAGAAAUUACGCUUGCUCCUGUACACAACCCGCAUCAUGUUAAAUCUAAUAGCAUAAGCAUAUAUCCCAUGUUAUAACCACA